AUGGAACAAGCUUAUGCUGAAUGGCAACAAGCAGAAAUGCAUACACCAAGAGCUCCAUCUUUUUCUUCAAUUAUCAUGGCAGCUGACACACCUGAAGUCAGAAAAGUCGAGCAAUUCAAUCAAGGUGAACAUGCACCUGCACAAUAUAACCAACAAUCACAAAUGCAAACCUUCGAAUCUUCCCGCGCACCUUCAUACUCAAACCUAGCCAAUGCUUCUUCUCAACCUCAAGUUCACUAUCCAAAUACCUCAACCACCUCAUCUUCCAUUUUUCCCCUCAAUCUCCCAUCUCCCAACGUCCCAAUCCGUCUAGAACCUCACUCACCAAUCCUCGAUCACUUAACCGCUGAAUACAUCGCCCAAGGACCUCAUCCUCAAAUUCCGCACGUCUCUCAUGCAAUCGUAGACCAAGUACACGCAUCUGAGAUAUUGAACAAACAUGUUUCUGACCGCAUGCCAUUUGUGCGCGCUGCUUCUACGAGAUUACAGGCUGUGCUGGGAGUGCGUAAUGAUUUGCCAUUCGAUUUACUUAUGGGGAGUGGAGAAAAUGAUGCAAGGAAUUUGGUCGUGGGUGCCGAUGGAGCGUUGGUGGAUUUGGGACUUGCGGGUUUGGAGGAAGGUGGGGAUUUUGUGGGUGGUGAUUCAUAUGCGAGGGGUAUUGGUGAGAAUCUUGAUGCUGUUAGAGGUAAUGGUGUUGUAAGUGGAGAUUCUGGAAAGGAUCAAGAAGAUAUGGACACGCAAAUGGAUUUCAACACCGAUAUAAACAUCAAUACCAACAGAGGACAAAAUCCAAACACCACAGCAUACCAUCGCCAAAACAUCAACACCCUUCCAUUUUCCCCCACCAACCACUUUCCACCUUCCCAAAACCAACAAAACUUACCCACCAGUCUCCUCGACGAAUUCCCUCAAGACCAAGACCCAAAAAUAUCCCACUUUUUCCUAUCAUCCUCAGUAAACCCACACACAGGCGAAGGACUCCGCCAAUAUCUUCUCAGACGAGCUCUCCUCACUGGCUCUAAAAAGAGAGUGUGUAGAAGUAUAUCGUUUCAUGAUUUUACACCGGAUGUACGGACGGGGGAGUUUUGCAAUAAGUUGUUGGUGCAUUUUGGGGUGGAUGUACCUGGGCAAGGGGUUUCUAAGUGUGAUAGGGUUGAGGUUGUGGAGUUGAGUUUGUGAGUUUUUGUUUUCUUUUCGUUUUUUUUUGUUUGGAUUUGGGUCUGGGUUUGAUGGAUUGGGAGCGUUAUGUUUGAUUUUCCUGAAGUUGUUGUUGUCGUUGUGGAGAGUUUGUUGUGGAGUUUGUGGGAUGGAAGUUGUUGUGGCAAUGGUGGGAUUUCUGUUACUGCCACACAGCUUGAUUAGCGGUUCGAGGGAAUGGAAUGACGGGAUGGCAUAGUUGCCGUCUUCCAACUUUGUACGUCGUUUGUAUAUUCCAUUUGUGGCACUUCAACUUGACAGCGCAAAUGGUUUUUGCUGUCAAUCUGCUUCUCCCACUCUCCUCCUUCUCCACUUUUCUUUUCAUUUGCUCAUCCAUUUCAAAAGCAACUAAAAACCCCUACUAACAACCCCCCGCGGCAGACCUGACAAAAACGGCAUUCUUCACCCCUGGCUCUCAAUCUUCAUCCAAAAACCUUUCCUCACCAUUACCUCCCCCCUCAAAAAUCCCAGAACUAGCACACCCCCCAACUUCCCCUCUCCAAUCCCCACAACCUGGCUCUGUCUCGCCGUUCCUCUCGCAAACAUAACUACCUACCCCAUCCAAUCCGAUACCAGCUUACCCUCCUCCCUCCUCGAAGAAAGCCUCCUCAAAAACAAACAUGGACUUCCUACCAAAAAGAUAGCCAGACGUCAAGAUUACGAUUUCUCCUUCCAAGGAAUACCCAUCUUUGAAUUUUCCACCCGGAAAUUAUUCGGUCCUACAUCUCCAUCUCCAUCUCCAGCCACCUUCUCCUCCCCCACCCCCCAACCACCCAUCUCCGACUUCCUAAGCAUCUCCUCACUUCCCCCCUACGACCCCAAGGACCCAUACCUCCCAUUCCCACCCCACAUAUCUCAAAAUCCCACACACCUCCAAAAUGCCGCUCGAAAAUACGCAUAUGCGGCAGGUGUUCCACGCGAGGAAUUACACACUUUUGGUGAGAUGAUGGAAGAUGAGAGUGGAGUAGAUAUUAGCGAGGAAUUGUCGCCUAAUGAGGGCAUUUGGUGGAGUAUGUUUUAUAGGGGAAUUACGAGGGAUAGGAUUAUUUGGGAGAGGGUUAGGAGGUCGAUGGGGAGGGGAAAGUGUAGGGUUGUUGUUCGGUGGGAGGAGGUUUCUGGGGGUGAAGAGGGGGUUGGUGGUGAUGAUGGAAGGGCGGGGUUGGGGUUAGGGUUGGGGUUGGGGUUGGAAAGGAGAGAGAGUGAGGUGGAGAGAGUUAUGCAGGAGGUGGGUAGAAAUUCAAAGGGAAAAACAAGGAAAGGUAUGAACGGGGCCACGAAUCAAAAUGACGGGCUCGGCAUUAUGAAUUCUAAUACGGGUAUUCAUACACAUUCUACACGAUUAGUAUCGGGAUCGGGAUCAGGCGAAGCUAUACGUGCGAGGACAAAUAGUAAUAAGAUGAGUAUUAAUGGACCGGGACACAGUGGUACCGAUAUUGAAACGCAGAAUUCAGGCGAAAAUGCAGGGGAAGGUUAUGGAUGGGAAUUUUAUGAGAUGAGAUGAGAUACAAGAUAAUUAAUUAGUGAGAAGAUGAGAAAACGGAGUUGGGAUAAAUGA